AUGGAAAACUUCCUCUUCGCCAAGAAUAAAUUUGAAUUUGUCGAUGGGACCAUUAAGAAGCCAGAAAAGGGAGCCAAGGAUUACAUGUUAUGGAUGAGGUGUGACGCCAUGGUGAAAGGAUGGCUUACCGCUGCCAUGGAAAAGCAUAUCCGGGACAACGUCAAAUACACCAACACUGCGUCCCAGAUGUGGGCUGAUCUACAUGAACGAUUUGGCAAGGAAAGCUCUCCUAGAGCUUAUGAAAUCAAACAGAAAAUUGCUUCGACGAGACAAGAUGGAACCUCCGUUUCCAGUUAUUAUACGAGCCUUCAUACUCUUUGGGAUGAAGUAUCGUCGAUUCUACCUUUCCCCAAGUGCUCUUGUGACGGGUGCUCAUGCAACGUUGGAAAAGAAAUAAACGAGUUUCAGGAGAAAGAACGUUUAUACCAAUUCCUCAUGGGACUCGAUGCAGAAUAUGCAGUGAUCAAAACACAGAUCCUUGCAACAAAGCCCACACCAUCCUUGACCACUGUCUAUCACUUGGUUGCAGAAGAUGAAAGACAAAGAACUAUCUCCAACGACAAGAGAGCACCACCCGAACCUGCUGCUUUCAAGGCGUUCCAGGGAAAGAGCACUAACUUUAACCCGCCAAAGGAAAGGAAUUUUCAGAAAAGCUUCAAGGAGAACAAAGAAAAGAUGGAAGAUGAACAAUGCACAUUUUGCGGUAGAAACGGGCACAAACGAGAUGGAUGUUCCAAACUUAUCGGUUACCCGGAGUGGUGGCCAAGAAAACAAAGGAGAGGAUAA